UGUAAGGAUCGGAGCACAGCUCUGCUACUGACAGUUGCGGUUGCUAAGAGGUCAUGUCCCUGUGGUAACUGGUUGGUCCUGUCCUCUGGAGGACUUAUAUACUGCACAGCUUCCAUUGUAGAUUUUAGACCAGCUGGGACCUACAAGGAUAAGACCAUGGGGUGGAUGAGGUUGGCGCUCUUGCUGUGUAUAGCUGGCGAGGCUCGAACAGGACCGGUGCCUGGAGCUCAACAGCUAAGCAAGGAUAACAACUUCCCCUUUAUAUAUGAAUACAUCGAGGAAGCUAACAAAGACAAAGCUAUUCCUGUAUUGCUAAAGGACGGGGAUAUUGCCGUAGAUUUGUACCGUAAUGGCAGGAUUUGUAGAAGAUGCCAGUGGAGCAAGAACAAGAAUGGGACAACCCAAAUACCCUACGUCAUAGAUCCUCGCUACUCUCGAUCAGAUACAUCUCUGAUCAAUGAGGCCUUGAAGGAAUUUGAGGUGAUGACCUGUGUGCAGUUUGUGCAGCGGAGCUCGGAAUCAGACUAUCUCUAUAUACAGUCUGGAUCUGGUUGCUGGUCUUACAUUGGAAAAAUUUUUGGCAAACAAACAGUAAGCCUGGAGAGCCCAAAAUGUAUGGUGUACGGAGUCAUACAACACGAAGCUAUGCACAAUAUUGGUUUCUUCCAUGAACACAGCAGAACUGACCGGGAUGACUACGUGGACAUCUUAUGGGACAACAUCGAACCAGAUGCCACAAGCAAUUUUGACAUUAAUGACGGAAACACCUUGGACCUUCCUUACGAUUAUACCUCAUUGAUGCAUUACCCCAUGUAUACUUAUUCCAUCCGCCCCAAUUUACCUACUUUAGUCCCGAAGCCUGACCCUAUAAUACCUAUUGGACAGAGAACAGGGAUGAGUAAUCUGGAUGUGAUGAAAAUAAACGCCUACUAUAAUUGCAACCUUUGUAGGAAGAAAUUAAUGGAGACCUCAGGCUCUUUCUCCGGGAACAGUUUAUUUGCAAAACAAUAUGAUGGAAACUGCCUCUGGCUUAUCCAAGUCCCGAAAGGAAAGAUUUUAUUGCAGGUUUACUAUCUUAAGAUCUUUUCUACUGAUUAUAUUAAAGUCUAUGAUGGUGUCACCAAUUCAUCACCCGUUCUGUUGGAUAAGACCUUUGGAUCUAAACUAAUCCUACCUCUGGUUUCUUCUGGACGUAACAUGCUGGUAGAGUUUGUGACCAAAGGCAAUUCCAUUCUCAGUGAAUUUGAUGCAACCUAUGUAACAGUUUCUUGAGGACAAAUGGAAGAAACCAGUGAGAGAUGCCUGCAGAUAAUGGGAGGAAAAACACACCUGGAGAAGCUUGGUUGUAAUUUUAUUCCAAAAAUACGAGUAAUUUAAAGGGGUACUC